AUGGAAGCUUUUUUGGAGGAUGACCUACUAUAUUUCAUUCCCGAGGACGUAUCCACGACCCUAGAGAAGGUGAUCAAAUGCGCAGUUUAUCCCGACGAGGCACAGCUCGAUGCCAUUCUAAGCCAGAUUCUGGAUGCUCUUUCGCCCCAGAUCUUCCGCUUCUAA